CUCUAAUCCAAUCGCGUCAGUUGGCACGAUUCGUCGACUACCUUGGAUGUUCACCUCCAUCUACGUCAACAGCUUCCUUGCUUUAUCUUGGAGACUGUCUUUCCUUAACCUUUCAAAUACGCUGAUGCCAGGUGACGUCGGGGGCGGUGGAAGCCUCGUUAGCCUAUUCGUGCGUCUGAUCGUGCAUUUGACGCUCGAAAACAUUGAAACAAGUCGGUGCAGCUACUGUUGCGGUACGCUCUGCAGUCCUUUAGCCUGCAGCAAGAGCGUAGUUGAAGACUACAUUUCGUUUGAAAGCAAUUUAGACUCAAACAUUUGCAGUUGCGAUUUUAGGCUGAACUUGUUUGGUUUAAGGAAUAGUCGGCUGCUGAAGUUGUCCGAUGUUCAUCUUUCGAUUUCUGGCCAUCUUGGGAUUUUUUGGCUCCUCCUAUCUACAAUUAAUACAUCGACGAAGACAGGCUUGAGGUCCUGUGUGUACCGGCCUGCUAGCAUCUUAUCACAGUCGCCGUUUAUAAUCACCGUCUUUUGGACUGCGUCAGCGAGCGGCCAAGCCCACGUUUGACGGGACAAAAUGCGUCGUUGGACGGUGUGCCUCGCCCUUCUAGUCCUGCUGGGAUCCUUCCAAUCAGGUUCGCCACACCCUAGGAACCGCCCCUCAGCGCGAGACUCCGGGGUAGAUGACCACGUCAGGCUCCUCAAGACACUCCUCAACGACUCGGUCUACCCGGAGCACACACGGCCCACCAAAGACCAGUCCAAACCGACCCCGGUGAAGUUUGGUCUGGAGCUUAACGCCAUCAUCGACCUGGACGAGCCCAAACAACUUCUGAAAACCCAAGUGACAGUAAUUCUGAAUUGGAUUGAUGAGUAUCUGAGCUGGGAUACACACGAUUUUGCAGUACCUGAGAUGAGAAUACCAUCUUCGAAGUUGUGGUUGCCUGACGUCACGCUGCGUAACAGUGCCGACAGCGUCAACUUCAUGUUGGAAGACCGUCAGGUCCGUGUCAAGCCCAGCGGUGAGAUCGAGUUUCGUGCCUUCAUCGUCAUUACGAGCUUCUGUAAGAUCAACUUCGCCUUCUUCCCGUACGAUGAGCAGAGCUGUCAGCUCAAGUUUCGCGCCUGGACCUACCCGCGGGAACAAGUGAUCUUCAUCCCCGGUGACGAAUUCAAUGCCAACGACACGGAGGAACAUGGCGAGUGGAUGAUCUCCGAGAUGAAAGGCAAGGUGGAAGAGUACGACGAGGACCACGGCAGCUUCAGCGACUUCGUCGUGAGCAUCGCGCUGAUCCGACGGCCGCAGUUCUACGUCAUGAACAUCAUCGUGCCGUGUCUCAUCAUCUACUGCCUGACGCUGUUCAGCUUCUGCCUCCCCUGUGACUCGGGCGAAAAGAUCGGUCUGGGCAUCACUAUCCUGCUGUCCCUGACUGUCUUCAUGCUCAUCUCAGCCGACAUGAUGCCGCCAACAUCUGACAACUUCCCACUGAUUGGCCAGUUCUACACAGCUACCAUGGUCUUAGUGGCCGCGUCCGUGGGCAUGUCGGUCAUGGUGCUCAACUUCAACCACCGGCCUCCGGGCGCUCGCCGGGCGCCGGAGUGGAUGCGCCGCCUGCUCCUCCAGUCUCGGUGUUCAAAGUGCGUCUCCCUCCGCGGCAUGCAAUCAUUCAAUGUUAUGCGAGCGACCAACGACACUGAGCAGCCAACCGGGGUAGUGACCUACACGCUGUCUCCCUCCGCCAAGACGACCAAGUCCAGUUGCAUCUCUGAAGAUUACUCCGCGGGCGGCGACGACCCCGCCCCGGAGGCGGGCACGCCGGGGAUGGUACGGUACCCGUCCAGCCCGAAGCUCGGCCGGCCGGUGAGCCGCGAUCGCUCCAAGGAGCAAGUCGGAGAGGCGGGCGAAACAGGGUUGCAGACGACGCUGGACAUUGUCUCGCCGCUUGGGGCGCCCCGGCAAGAUGGCGCCGCCCAUGGGGCCUCGCCGGCCUUAGAGCGCCUGCUGACCAACAUCUCCGGGGACUUGAAGAAGUUAGUGGAGCACAAGGAGGAGGAGAAAGAAGAAGAGGCGAUAGUGGACGAGUGGAAGCUGCUGGCCAAGGCCGUGGAUCGCAUCUUCCUCUUCAUGUUUGUGGGCGCUUCCAUCCUUCUGACUGUCGUCUUAGGGUCGGAAAUGUUGCGGAGAUAGGACAGUUUGUAAGUCUAGAUGAGGAGUAACAAUAAGACUGAGGGGAUGAAAUGAGAUCUCAUUAAAUCGUGUCUUUGUAAAGAUGCCUCAAAUAUUUGCUCAUCCUUAUUUUCAACACACUAGCUUUCCAUCUUAGUUAUCCCCCCAGUUUUUAAGCUACUUGAUCUGACUGCCAUGCUUAUACCGAACACUCUAAAAACACAUUAGUCAGAUUUGACUAGAAACCAGUUAAAUUUGACUAGCCAUUCAGGGUCAGCUGGGUGCAACUGAAAAUCAGUCAAUCUGACUAGAUCUUUCAAGUCAGAAGUGAAAAAUAAUUUUGCAAAUAACUAAAAUUGGAGUCAAAUACAACUACUUUUUCUAGUCAUAGUAUGAACGUUUGCAUGUUUAACUAAAUUCUAGCUAGUCAAUUUUCAAUAACUAGGAAAACCAGUCAAUAUUCUGACAGUUGUUUUUAGAGUGAAUGAAGGGUCGAUUUUUUUGCUCUAGAAAUUUGUGCACUCUCCUUCCUCCGUGGUAAUAAGCACAUAUUCUUACUUAAAUUUGAGGGGGUGAAAAAGGAUCCCCCCCCCCAGUCUGGGUGAUCGACAAAGCGUUUAUUUAAAUCCCGGAUCUUGUGUGAGAAAAGUGGACAUAAAUCACAUUGAUGUAAGACACUCGUAUUAAAUUCUAUUUUGUGUGCGUAUUAUGUACAUGUAUUAUGUAUACAGGCCGACAUAAUUAUGUGCAUAAUAACGAAUGUAUUCAGUAAUUUUAGAGUUUUGGUUCCCGAGAAUCCCCUAAAAAUAACAAUUGAACAUGAACAGGUGGUGAUUUCUGUUCCCGUGAUUAAACUGUUUAUUCUCUGUUGGGUUAUAUUUCUGCAUUCCAGUCAACUAGACUUUUAAUUCUCUGAUAAAGUUUAUGACGGAAGUUGGUAAAACAAAGGACAGUGGUAUAAUAUUUUAUUCGCUGAUAAUGGUAAAACUUAUUUCUCUGAACUGGUGGUUCUUUGUAAGAUAAUAUUUCGUUAACUUUUAUUAAACGUUCAGUUGAGUCACGGGGAUGUAACUUGAACGUUCUAAGACACUUUCAAUUCCUAUAUAGGACCCUAUUUUCAGAAAUGUCAGAUUGUGAUGUUUAAUUCCUCUCAUUUUCGAUGAACGAUUUUCUUUUCUUUUAAACGACCCUCUUUUGAAGGUUUUUCCCUUCAUUUUUUUUUAAUUUGAAAGACGGAGAUUUUUUUAAAGGGAAUAUACAACAUUUGCUUUUGCUGUAAUUUUCAGAAAUUGAAGGAUCUGGGUGUUAGGCCUAGUAUUUUAUAGCAAAUAUUGUUACUCUGACUUGUUUGAAGGUCUGUGUUCGUAGACGCUGGAAAAACUAAGGAAAACCAAUCAUGUUCAUGUAGUCUGGUUCCCUGGAAUUGUAAGGUCAGGGAACCAGUCUAGCUGGCUUGUACCCGUUCGUAGGUGUGUAAUCGAUUGUAAACAAAAUGUGGUCUAUAACUAAAUAUUGUAAAUUGAAGACACUAUUUGAAGAAAAAAAACACCAGUUUUUUUUCCAACUCUGGUCAGCCGACCAGCGUUGGAAAUUGAUACAA